AUGCAGUUGACCCCUAUCAAAGUCAGAGGCAAGCGUGGCAAAGCCCCUUCGUCCAAGGCACCGACCAAGCAGCCGGUGAAGAAACGUACAUCACGACUUUCAAGUCGCUUGUCGGUCAAGCGUAAGUCGCUUCUGGAGCGGCAACUACCUCUCGAAAUAAUCGAGCGUAUCUUUGUCCUCAGCGAGAACCUCAACUUCCCCCGUUGCAGUCCCCUCGUCGGCCGUCUUCUCUCUGGUAGAUCUACGCUUGUCAACCUUCUCAUAGCUGCAUUUCACCCUACAUGGGAUUGUUGGUUUGGUGUCAACAGACUUGCGCUCAAGACGGUUUCGAAGCGCGAUGCCACAGAAGACUCACGGAGAGUUUGGCGAUAUGAAGACUUCCCCGAGUGCUUCCCGGGAGAUCCAGAGUUCCAGUCUUCCGUGCUAGCAUCCCCCUGGCUUAACAUGGAUAUCAUGAUCGACGCCCGGCAGGUUUGGGCCUGGCGCUUCGCUCGCGACAGGUGGUACUCGCAUUCCCACAUCGGUCCAAAAGACGAGGAGACGGUCCAUAUUGGCUCCCUGGACUGCCUUCACGACAGAGUUGGCGGUUUUGGUCACUUUGAGUCGAGGGGCUGCUUCGAGUAUGACUGGCUCGCGUACGGGCUUAACGGCCCAAAACCCGCACUCGACUUUUAUGUUGAUGUACACCCCAAGGCAACUAUCCCAGACGGUCUCAUUACGGGGCCAUGGACACCGGAGCAGCAGAGGCUUCUCUUUUGGCUUCGGAGAGGCGGAGCAAAGAUUCAGGCCGAACAUCAGACCUGGGAGGCAAGAAACAUAGAUGGACGUCUGGUGCACAUGCUACUCCUGCUGGACGACUUCUUCUCCUCACAAGGGCUCGAGGAUAACCUGUCUCUCUGGCCGCUGGAUGUCUUGGAGGAGGAACAUGCCAAAGUGGUCAGGCUGCUCGAGGCAAGAGGCCGCAGCAAGGCUGGGCCCCUACCCGAGCUCGUCCAACUCGAGAAGCUCAUGUUCGACUACCACCGUCGCAAGGUCGAUCUCCUCACGUCGAGACGAAGUCGGAACUAA